UUGGAGCGAUUAGCAGCCACAUUGUAUGUUAAAACCUACGAGAAACGUUUCAAAUCACCGAUUAUUUUGAUUUGUAUUUGGGGUUCACCGUUGUUGGUGGCGAUUUUGUUGAAGACAUUAUUCCUUGUGAUUCCCGAUGGACGUAGCAGAACAAUAGUACCAGUGGUGAUUAUGUCAUUACUGGACGCAACAGCGAUUGUUAUGGGUUUGGUGGUACUUUAUAGGAACAAGAAAAUGUACGAAGAGGCUUUUUUGAGUGGAACAGAAGAUCUGACAACACGAUAUCAAACCUCGGAGAACAUUAAAACUACACGGUAA